AUGACUCCCACUUACAUCCCACCUCACCGCCGGACCUCUGACUCUUCUGAAAUUGAACCAUCCCCCCUUACCAGAAGUACACCUACUAAACAUUCAUCAUCACCAUACUCGAAUUUGACCUCCUCACAGAGUACUGACUCCCUCUCUCUCAACCGAUCUCUACUGGCAGAGCGUCUGACCCCUAGGUACCCUAGGUCUCGAUUUGGGCGUGGGGACGGUCUCUCCCUUCAAGAUCGUCUCGUCCGCCUCAGUGGAGAACGGGCAUUUGUCGAACCCGCUAGAGCGAUUCCGGUACGCUCCAGGCGUUUUCCUAGAAGACAGAAUCCCGAGAAUGUUCCGCCCUCAGGUGAACUUUACGACGACCUCGGGGAACAAAUAGAGGUGGUGAAAACCACCGCUGAACACCCUGACACUACAUUCGAAGGAGUUGAGAUGGUAGGAAGCUACUCGUGGAUCGGUGGUGAAGAACCCACCAUCCUGGUCCCGGGAUGUCCUCGAACUUGGGAUGACAACGUACACGUCGGUAAGGUGAAACGAGAUGUGGAUCUGGGGAUGACAGAUAUCGCCGACGAAAAUUUGGCUCAUCUUCUUCCACAUCUAUCUCCAGUAGAGCCAAUUUUCCACGCAGUCACCCCCGACAAAUUACACGAUGUCGAUAUCAUCAUCGACCGUUCCAAUUUGCGUAAACUCCUUCACCUGGCUCUCUCCCAUGACAACCUAUCCCAUUCACCCCCACAAUCAAGACGAUGGAGGAUGACCGCGGAGUGUUUCGGAGAAAUGGUGGUAUUCCAUCGAUGGGAAACCCACGAUCGGCUCAGUCCCUUCCCGCUGGAUAGUCAUGGUCAUAACGUAGCUUACAAGCUGGCUCAUACUACCACUCCCCGAGAUGUUGAUAGGCAAUUGGACAGAUGUCGGGGGUUGGUCAGAUAUCGAUUCGCCGGGUUGGUGUUACUUGUCAGCUUUGAUGUCGACGCGGUAUUGCCCUCAGUCUUGCCAUCGACUCUACACAUCCCACCGUACAAAUUAGAACCCCGAUCGAUCAGUCUCUCAACAACAAGAAGUCAACCAACCUCGAAGAUACCCGGUAAAUCUCUGCGUGUGAUUCCCUCAGGAUAUCCAGAGAUAUCGCUCGAAUCGAUUUUAGAGAUCAAGACCCGAUCUUCGAUGAAAAUUAUCGACGAAGAUAUUCCCGACAUGUACACCCAGCUUGUACUUUCUCAGACGCCCACAGUUUAUUUAGCCAGACACGUCGGUGGUGACUUUAGUGGUGACCGAGUGGAUCGACUAAAGCUAUGUGAUGAGCCCUUUGUUGGAGUAGCAGCAAAGAUGCAAGGGGCAUUGAGACGGGUGGGUGGGAUGUUAAGGGAAAUGGUAAGAAUCGUGAAGAGAAGGAAGACCGUGGGGUUUGUCUGGGAUGAUAAGGAGUUGCGAGGUUAUACGAUGAUGAAGAGGAUGCCGAAGUUGUCGAGAAGGACUUUGGAUAUGUUGGAUGAAGUGAUGGUAUCGGGAAUUGGGUCUUUGUCGGUGCACCUUUUCCUCGAUACCCCUCAUUUCCUUCCUUCCUGCACUCUCCGGGGAUCUGACAUGGUGGUUUUGAUUUGUGUCCCGAAUACAUCCUUCGUCCGACCUGAUAGAUGGAGGAUCAGAUCGGAGAGACAUGUUAUCGGCACUAUCAACGCACAGCUGAUCUACAGAGCACUCGAUUCGAUUCAUAAGCCAGACGAAGAAGACCAGUCCGACGCUGGCACUCUGAUUGAUGUUGACGCAAAUCGCGACGCUACAAGCGUAUUCUCACACGCCGCGUCUUGGAAGUUGGACGUCCUCAGUGACCUUGAAGAGUUGUUCCUUCAAGAUGUACAUGGUGAGGAGGCUCAGGAGAUAGAUGAAGUUGAUGGGAUAGCUGGGUUGUAG